GACGAUGCUGAUGAUGCAGCCUCAUACAUUUCUCCUCUUGUCACUCUUUCUCGUGACAGGAGGCGUUCAAGCUCUCCUUGGUCGCUCUCUUGGCUCUAGAAGUGAACGACUGUCAAGUCGACAAUCUGGUCCGUACAAUGUAACAUGGCCGGAUUCCUCGGUGACCUGGUUUACAGGUCAGACAUACAAUGUGACUUGGAUUGCUCCACAUAGCGGACAGGUUUACAUCGUCUUGAGUACGACCAGCCACGACAUCGAAGUCCCACUCGCGGUAGGCCUCGACGGAUAUCGCCAGAGCGUCAACAUCACAGUCCCGACGAAUAUCUCCACCGGAGGAGACUACGUGAUCUUGCUGGCGCAAGGCAACUCGACCGCGCGUCAGUCUUUCUGGGCUCAGUCAGCACCGUUCGGGAUCGGAGAAGCUGCCACGACGUCAGCCGCGGCCGGUCUGACAUUGGAUGGGAAUAGCUUUUCGUUUUCGUCGACGCUGGGUGUGGCGACGACGCCAUCUACACCAACACCAACUCUUCCGCUGUCGGUGUCCGCACUUAGCGGAUCACCUAUCGGAAGCUCAUUAUCGGGAAGCGGUACGACUGGUAGUGCUUCGUCAGUCGCAUCGCCGCCGUCGUCAUCAGCUUCGACUUCUGGGGACACAUCUGCUGCUCGCAGUCAUUACAGUGCAGGGACCUUGUGGUCUGCUAUAUUUGGAAUGAUGUUUGCGGUAUUGGGCUUGAUCUGAGGGGAGAAGGGUUCACGGCGAGGAUCAUGCAGGAAGCUAUGCGGACUUGGGGUCAUGAUUGAUACUCAUCGUACUAACCAUUUCAUUUUGAGACAUACUAACGACUAUCUUUGUACGAUGAAUGGAGAGGACACUGCUACGUUGUAUUUUACUAUUCAUGGAUGAAUAACGAACAUGACUCUGCAAUUGGG